GAGCCGCUGCGGCGAUCACUUCCGUGACCCGGGCUGCAAAGUCCGAGGACAGCGAAGCCACGUCUGACGAGGUGGUGGAUGAGCUUGAUCCAGUUACACGGUCUGAAGAGCAAGGCGUAUCGCCCGCGACCUCGCGAGGAUACGCUGGAGACCGAGACGGGCAGGCAGAAGCUGGCAACAGCCGGUUGGACGAGGUCCUGAGCCUGGAGCAGUUGACGUCCGAGGAGGAGCCGGCUGAAGCCGAUUCUGCGAAGGAUGCCAAGGCAGCGCGGCGCGAGCGCAAGAAGGCCUUGAAGGCCGAACGCCGAGCCAGGCGCGCUCAGUCUCCAGAGGAGCGCUCCGCAGCGAAGCGAAAGCCCUGUACUCUCUGCCAGCGGCCCGUCGACUUGCUUGUUCGAUGCCGCAUCGACAUCUCCCAGAAGUGGCACAUGCUUUGUGGCCGCUGCUGGAAGAAAGCAUCCGGUGGAGUUCCGGAUGGCGAUGCGUCUCACCCUCACUACCGAUACGGUGGCCUGUGGAAGAAUCGGUCGGCCAAGGUUACAACGCCCAGCUUCUCGGGAGCGGUGAAGGCGAAGGCCGAGGAGGACUUCGACUCUGCAGAGCUUCUGCUUCAGGAAGCCUACAAAGGCCAUGGGGUCACGCACCUCGAACGCUGUUCUGGCCGACUCCGCUCUGUCGCAGAGUCCGAGGUGAUUGAGCCAUGCCUCGUGACGAUUCCGGAGAUCGCCGCGACAGCCGGGACCGAGCCCCCAGGUACAGCCCACGCCGACCAAGUCCCCGCGGAGCAAGCCCACUGCGGAAAGACAGCCGUGACCGAGGUGGAGUGCAGAAUGGAGGG